AUGAUGGCUCAUCUCAACUACCGAAUGAAGAUAAUUCUUCAAGACGGUAGAACGUUCGUUGGUUUCUUCAAGGCCUUUGACAAGCACAUGAACAUUUUGCUCGCAGAGUGCGAGGAGCACAGACAGAUCAAACCAAAGGCCGGCAAAAAAGCAGACGGAGAAGAGAAACGAAUUCUCGGUUUGGUGCUUCUCCGCGGGGAACACAUCGUCUCAAUGACUGUCGAUGGACCACCACCGAGAGAUGACGACUCUGUGAGGCUCGCGAAGGCUGGAGGAGCAGGCGGACCCGGACAAGCCAAACCAGGAGGCCGUGGAAUGCCAGCGAUGCCAGGAAUGCAAGGAAUGCCACCAGGACCACCAGGUGGACUCUCUGGAGCUAUGCGUGGACACGGUGGACCUGGCAUGGCAUCGAUGCAGCCAGGAUACGGAGCCCCACCCGGAGGACGUCCAUAUUAA